GCGACAAUUCCAUACGGCAGAUUGCGAACGAUUGUUACAAAAUGGCAGGCGACAAGAUUGUUGACUGCACGCAAAACGGUAACAGUGAAAAAAUAAGCGAGAAUGGUGACUUGAGUCUUAGUCUGAAUCUGGAGGACGAUUUGGUCGAGUCAAUCGAAUAUAUCCCCUGCCCCGAAUUUCAAUUCUUGACAACAGCAUGUUACAUUUGUAAUGGAUAUUACGGUCCAUGUUUCGAGGAACCAGUCUGCGCCACAUGUCAUGCAUUUUUAUUUCCAAAUGAUAUAGAUCUGCUGCAAGUGCCAAUUUUCAGUGAAAAAACAGAUGAUGAAGAUUCAGGAAAUGACGAGCCAACUGACUUAUAUUAUAAUCAUGAAAGAAGGACAAGUCAACAACAGCAGAAUUCUCCGCAGAGCGUCAAUACCCCAAAUAUACAACAAAAUCCACUCAAUCAUAAUGCGAAUGUUUCACGUAGAUGUUACACGCAAUAUCAAAAUGCAGCGCCUCAAUGCAAUUAUCACAUGCUUCAGAGUAAUUCAAACAGCAAUUCCGUUGACAAAUGUGUAACAGCAUUCGCGCGGAACGUGCCAGCGCCAUGCGAUGCGAAUCUCGACCUCCAGAGUAUGAUCUGUCGAACGAGAAGCGACUAUCAUCAAGACUAUGCUAACAGAAAUGAUCGAAACGCACAGGAUAGAAUGGAAGAAAAUUUACGGAGUACACCAGAAACGUUUGCGUUAGGCCAUGAUGGUCAGAACAAUGAACCUGGAAAUAAUGCUAUGCAAUAUCAUUGGAAUUACAAAGUUUGCGAAGAUGUGGGCGAACCAUCGCGAUCGUACAAUCUAUCCGAACGGCUCGAAAUACUAUCAAAUCAUAAACAUAUCGAACAUGAGCCCAUCAACGAGCCAGGUCUGGUAGAGAGACUGCCACCUGAAGUACUACUUGCUAUUUUCUCACAUCUAGAUGAUAUCAGCCUUUGGUCAGCAGCAAAUGUAUGUCGACGAUGGUGUGGUCUGCUAUCGACGCAUGUUACGCAGUUACAGUGGAAGCAACAUGUGAAAUUGCGCUGGCCUCUGUAUAAACCAAUUAGUUUUGUCAGGAAUUGGUAUAAAAUAUAUGAUUAUCUAGCCUCCUCGGCGCCAUGUCGAACUUGCUUGGCACAGACUUCCCUGCGAUCAAGACCUCCCAGGAUGGAAGAAAAUUCUUGGCGAAGAAACAGGCUGCGUAGUGAACUCAAGAGCUUACGGAUUGAUCCACCUGAAGGUAUCGAAGCGAUGCCUCUUGAUCAUAUGUGUUGUCAUUGGCAAGCCACUAUUACAGGACCAGUGGGAAGUCCAUACGAGGGAGGAUUGUUUUAUUUAUAUCUACAAGUACCAUUCAGUUAUCCCAUGUGUCCACCUGUGGUUCGAUUUUUAACAAAAAUACUUCAUCCGAACGUGUCGAGACACGGAGACGUUGGCAUAGACUCGAUACAUCAUAAUUGGUCAUUAGCGUUGACGAUAUCUAAAGUCCUUAUCAGUGUACAAAGUCUGCUUACAGACCCAUACUGCCAAGUGUGUAUGGAACCAGAAUUGGGAGAGAUGUAUAUGAACGAUCGUGAGAAAUUCGAGGAGGUAGCGAGAGCAUGGACAUGGAGAUACGCGAUGCACGAUAUUGUAACGCCGCUCUAGUGCAUCAGAAUAAAUCGCAAUUAAUCUGUGUAAUUAAUAUUUAGAUAUUAAUUAGCAUAUAGAUGUCAAUCUAUAAAUUAUUUAAUAAGUUGAUAAUGAAAUUUGUGAUAUUUUAUGCUAAGAAAAACAGAAGAUCUACCGAGAAUAUCUAUGUAUUUAUAAGAAUUAUUUGUUAAUCACACAAUCGUAUACUAGCGAAAUCAGAAUGGAACCUUUUUUAUCCCAAAGUUCAUUAUAAAAUAUAUACAUUAAUAUUCUUCA